ACAAUCAUGAUUUAAACAAAAUGGCUGCUAACAUGAUUUGAGAGUGAAUGGCGGCCAAGAAUGGGAUUGUACCCCUUCCAUCUUCUAAGUGGAAUAUAACGGGACUGACAGGAAUUGAAAACUAUGCAACCAGCGAUGAAUCUGAACCUGAGAAUUAUAAUCCCCUUCCAACUAAAGGUAAACAAAAACCCUCUAAACCAUCUAUGGAGACAGUUGGAGCCUUGGAAACAUCAAGACCGGAAACGGAACUAAAACCAUCGAGAUCGAAGCCGGAAAUUAAAUCCUCUCGAUCAGAGAAGGAUAAAGAAGAUGGGAGAAAUAAAACCGAGGACUGCCAAACUGAGCUAAAAAAAUGGAUUUCAAGGACAAGUGGAAACACGGACAAGUUGUGCGAGAGUAAAUAUCCCAAGAUUAACCGAGGAGAAAGUGGAAGACAUGGGGACAGAAGAAUUGAAGAAAAGGGAAGGAAAGAAGAUAAAUCUCGAUAUUUGGCAAGAGAUAGAAGAGAGAGCAAAGACAAUGACACUAUUAACAGACAUGGCAAGGGCGGAAGUCAUAAGGAGAGCAAAAGAUACGAAUCUUCUAGAAAAGAUGACGAAGAACUGAGACACAGGCAUGGAUCUUCUGGUAAAGUUAAAGAAGAAUUAAGACAUAAACAUGAUUCUUCUGGUAAAGACAAAGAGGAAAUGAGACACAGGCAUGGAUCUUCUGGUAAAGUUAAAGAAGAAUUAAGACAUAAACCUGAAUCUUCUGGUAAAGACAAAGAGGAAUUGAGACACAGGCAUGGAUCUUCUGGUAAAGAAGAAGUAAGAAAAUCAAGUCAAGAAACUUCCAGUAUAGUUAGAGAAGAUUUGAUACGUCAUACACCUGAAUCUUCCAGUAAAUAUAAAGAAGAGUUGAGACACAGGCAUGGAUUGAGAAACAGUCAUGGAUCUUCUAGUAACGAUCAAGAAGACUUCAGAAGAUCAAGUCAUGAAACUUCCAGUAAAGAUAGAAAUGAUUUGAUAAUUCACAAACCUGAAUCAUCUGGUAAAGAUGAAGAGGAAUUAAGACAUAGGCAUGGAUCUUCUGGUAAAGAUAGAAAAGAAUUACGAAGAUUAAGUCAUGAAUCUGUCAGUAAAGAUAGAAAAGAUAUGACAAGUCAUGAAUCUUUAAGAAAAGACCAAGCAGGGUGCAGCAAGGAUGGAAGACACAACGAUAGCAGAAAAGCUAACACAAAAGAAGAAGAGAAGAAACGAGAGGAUGUUAAGAUUAAAAAACUGUCCCGGCCCAAUACUGAAUACUUCAACCAGAUGAUCGCAAAAGGAAAGCACGAGGAAGAAGAAUUGAAGAAAAAUGCACUUCGUGAUCUAGAAAAAUAUAAUGAAAAAGAGAGUGAUCGGAAGGAUUGGAAACAGAAAGAGAAACAAUAUGAGAAAAGAAAUGAGAGUAGGGAAGAUCCGGGGAAGGAAAGAAGGGAAGAGGAAAGAAAAAGAUCUGAAAUGAAGAAAGAACUAAACCUAGGAGACAGUUUGCUUGGACUUCUCAAGUUAAAAACUGUUUCUCCUCCGAAACCCCGGUCUCAGGAUUCUGCUCAGAAACCCCGGUCUCAGGAUCCCGCUCUAAAACAUCCGUCUGUCCGCAACCCUGUCCCUGUGCCCAACCCUGCUGAGUCUGAACUUUCUGAGUCUCAAAAAAUAAAACAAAGACUCCUGACUGCUCAUCAUAAUAUUGAUGGAAAAUUCAAACCAAAGGCUACUGAGGAUAACCCGGAAAAACUUAGAAUAUUUCAAAGACUAGAGCCUAGACUGAAAGCUGAUAAAGCCCAGGAAACAGAAAGAGUAGAAGACGAUACAGAAACCAGUAGAAAAGAAAGUAGAAAAUCCUUUAUCACUGAGAAGGACAAAGAUUUGUUUCCGGUAGCUUUUAGUAAGAAAUCCGCAAAGGAGGAAAAGAGGCGCAGUUCGAUUGUUUCAAUCGAAGAAGGGGAAGUGUCGAGCGUUCAAGAUUCAGAUAAUUAUUCUAAGUCUAAAAAGAAAAAGAAAAAACGAAGUCGAAGUCCCAAGAAGAAGAAAAAGAAAAAGAAAGACUUAAAGGAGCAAGCCUUUGAUAUAACUUUUAAAAAAUUGAAGCUAAAAGCAGAAAAAAGUAAAGCGAGAAUAAAACGUAGAGAGGCGAAGAUGGCACUUAAAAAGAAAAAUCUCAACUUCUCAAGUGAUUCAAGUGAUAGUUCUAAAUCUAGUGAGUCUGAUAAUUCCAGUGAUUCCGAUGAAAUAUCUAAAUCUGAGAUCACUAAGAAAAAGAUUAUAAUUGAAAGAGACAGAAGUGAGAGCGAAGACAGUGUCCUGAAAAAGAAGAAAAAGAAACCCAAAAGACGGUCCAGAAGUAAAGAUAGAAAACGAAGGUCUAAAGUGAAGAUAAAGACCGAUAACACAUCGUCCUCUUCCGACUCCGAAGAUUCAAGCCGGGCUUGUUCUAAGAUCAAGGAAGAUGAGUUUGGUCCAGUCCUUGCUGACUUUCGUUCAAAACUGCGAAGUUCUUCUCGCGAAACCGUACAUAAAAUCAAGAAAGGACAACGAGAAUCCGCUGACGAAUCCAAAAUAUACCGCUCUAAAGGAAGUUCUUUGAAAGAUGAUCUAGAACGUCGUCUAUUAAGAAAACGGCGACGAAGCAGCUCUGUUGGUAGUGACGGGAAGUCUAGAAGAUACAGAAAAGGAAGUCGCCAUUCCAGCCACAGUUCCCGGCAUAGCUCCUCCCGGCAAAGAUCCCGAAACCACGAGGAUGUUAGGUCUACUUCUAGAAGAAUUCAUGACAGAUCUAGUUCUAAGGAGAAGAGAGAAUUGUCUGUAUAUUCCGAUGGAUCAGAAAUAGAGUUUAUUGAAGAGGUUACGAACAAGAAUAUUCAGCCGGAUACGUCAAUAGAACUGGAGAAAGAGAUUAAAAACGUUCAAUCAAAGUAUAAAAGUGAAAGGCAUCAGAUUAGGGAUUAUGAAUAUGACGUAAAAAUGGAGGAUGAGGGUUGUGUGGACAGUGUUUCCAUUGAGAUAGUUGAAGAGGACGCAGAGGAAACUAAAACUAUUAUUUACAAGGAUAUUGACCUGGAGAGUAUUCCGAUCCCUGAAUCCUGUUCUCCUGAUAUCCCAGAGAAGGAGGAUACUGAGAGAAGGGUGGUUCGAAGAGUAGAGAAUCACGAGGAGCAGGUUAAGAAACCAGAACACUAUGAAGAAGAAGUUGUUGUUGAAGAGGAUGAGGUUGUUCCUUCUGCUGAGGAUAAGAAGUUGUUUGAUAGCAUGAUGAACAACUUGAUAAACACCAGAGCUGAAGCUCAGAAAGAGGAGAAAGGCAAACAAUCCCAUUCUGCUAAGCUGAAGUACCCAAUAGGAGCAUCUCAAAGAUCUGACGGUACAGAUUUCUAUGAGCACCUGGAGAACCGGAGAGUUAACUAUCGAAGGGUUGAGGAUGAUGAUUCUAGGAGGAAUAAGAAUUCGGAUGAAAUGGUCCGCAAUAAUGAGGUGGCUAGGAUUGGUAACGAUGAAAAGUCAAGAUACAUAAAGGAUGAAGAAUCAAGAUACGCAAAGGAAGAGGAGUCAAGAUACAUAAAAGAUGAAGAAUCAAGAUACGUAAAGGAAGAGGAUGAGGAUGAAUCUAAAAUAACUAGAGGCCGUUGUUCCCAGUCAGCAGGUACCAUGAGUUAUAUUCAAUAUUAUAAAGAAACUGAAAACAUGAAAAACGAAAGGGCCUCAAGUUCUAAUAUGGAGGAUACCGUUACGGCUCCCAGCCAUAGAAAUGAGCAUUUAGAAUAUCAAGAAUCAAGACGAAGGGUCAUUGAAGAUCGAUAUGACCAAUUUAAUGAUCAAAUCCCAAGUAGGAGGCGUAGAAACCAAGAAGAAAACAUGGGUGAACCUGAAAGUAAAUACCAAAGGUUUGAAGAUAGAGACCCUUAUGAAAGGCAGACUUAUCAGCAACAAAGGCCCCAGGAAAAUAGAUAUGGUCAGCCCUCUGGGUCAAGAGAGAGCCAAGGGUACAAGGAUGACUCAAGCCAGCAAGGCGGUGCAGCUGGACGGUAUGAUCGGUUUACAGGGGAGGAGGAGAAAUGGUUUGAACCUAAACCUGAUCUACUCGGCAAUGCGCGUCAGAAACUUCUACAAUCUCAGUCUUCAGGGAUUCAUGUCUCCCUCCGUCAGAAAAUCACGUUUGGACUAGGGGACAGAGAUUCGCCUGAAUUUCAGAUUGACUUGAAGACAGAGGUUCAGCGACCUGGUCCAUCUUUAAGUAGAAGCGGUCAGCCUUAUAGAGAGGACGGAGCACAUCAACUUUUCUCUAGAAGAACAGCACACGGCAGGGAUGGUAGUCAAGUUUCAGGUUCAAGUGGUGAACAGAGUUGGCAUGGUAGGGAGGAUUUAACCUCUAGAAGAACCUUCUCCGGGGGCAACAAAUGGGAACCUGACAACACCAACCUCAUUCCACGUCAGAGACAUGACGUGAAGAGCCGGCUGGGAACAGUGGGAGGAAGAGAUCAAGCAUGGAACGAUAAACUUGAUCAAAAACCUGGAUAUAAUAACACCAGAUGGAGAAACCAGGAGAAUUUGGAUACUCCUAAUCCUGGCGGAAGUAGAGAUCAGAACUAUCGAGGAGGACGGAAUUUUGGCGGUAAUUCAUCCUGGCAGGACGGAGCCUCUGAAAAUCAUUGGACACCAACACACAAAACAAAAGCUAGAGAAAGGGUCUUCAAGAUGUUGAAUGAUCAAAACAGUAAAAAUAAGGUUAUGAACUACCGGCACGAAGCGAACAGAAAAAAGAAGGAUAUUAUCAACUUUGCCUCGGUGUACCAAGAACAGGAUGAGACUCUGUCUGGUGGUCUAGUGUUUGAUGAGGAGGAUCCUAGCUCCAGCUCCUGGGAACGGGUUGACCCAUGGGAGGCUAAUCUAGGUCAUGUAGAGACCGGUCUCAAGGCUAAACUUGAACCUAAACCCAACUUUAUCCAACAGCUAAAUGAGGAAAUAGACGGGGAGGUGUUCAGGGGAGGAGUAGGAGAGAAUGAGUGGGAGUAUGUGAAG